ACCAACCCGACCGAAUCAAAGAACAUUUUUUUGUCUCUUCGUUUAGGGAUCCUUAGAUUACAGCAAAGUCUGAUAAGCUUAUUACAGCAAUUAACCUGUCGAGGUUAGUGUACUCCGGGAACUUCAUGAUAGCCAGAACCUCUUCAACGGUUUCGCGAAAAUUAAAGACGAUAAUUUUUGUAGAAACUAAUAACGCGCCUCGCACGUGCGAAAAAGAAGAUGUGGAUAUGCUUCGGUCCAUGAUUAAGACUACGAAGCGUCUGUAUUUCUGAGAGCUUAACUGCGUGCCGUUCUUUUUAUGUUAUUUCAUGGGCCGUUUUAAAUGGACUCUUUUUGGGCUUAUAAAUUCAGCCGAAAACCAUACCGCCAAGGCUACAUAUGUAAUCAACAUUUGUUUUUUCUUUCAUAAUCGUGUAAAAUUAUUUAUUUUGUACCCGUAAAUAAAGAAAAUGUAGCACAUUUUAAGAAUAGGAUGGAAGUGGCAGAUGAUCAUGAUUGCAAUUCAGGAAGGACAGUCUCGGUGAUAGGCUCAAUGCGAAACAGCAACCGACGAAUUAUAUUUUUUUUAGCUUAUGGUCUUCUGUUUUAGUUCGUUUCUUGUCUUUUUAUGUCUUCCAAAUAUUCUCUUCAGCUGUAUAUAGUACACACGAACUAUUCGUAUGCAAAAAGCCAUAAACACACAAAACCAUAUCAGUGUAUGUGCAUAAAUUGUUGCAAAAAGCCAUAAACUGGAACACAUGAAGAUACUUGGAAUCAAGAGAAUUAUAGAAAGAGAAGUUGUUGCAGAAAUUUGAUUUGACCAUUGAACGAGCGAGCGAGAGAGAGAGCUGAUGAUAGUACUAUUUUAUAUAUAUGCACAAGCAUCUGUGUAUCUAUGUAUUAAAUUUGUUAAGGAGAAUAUUCGUUAAGACGUGAAGAGAAAGAGGUGGUUGAAGAUAAAGGGGACAUGCAAUGCAGACAGAGAGAGAAAGUUAUGUUUCUUUUUUACAUCGGAAUGAUAACUUCUCCACUUACUUCACUAUAUGCCUCGGAAUUUACUUUGUCCAAGCCUGCCUAAAGGUACCUUUCUUCCAAUGUGCAUGUCCAUGUUUAUGCAUUAAACUACAAAAUAUUCGCAUGAAAAAAUGACCUAGUGACAUUGUUCAUAUAUAUGGACUACCUCAUGCAAAAGGUUUUAACAUUUUGUGCUUUUGCCAAUACCAUCCUCAAGUUUCUACUUUUUCCUUUUCUCAUCUAGAUCUUGAGUCGAUUCUAAGAAACAUGUGUAGUGACGAACUUUUACAAUUUUUUAAAACGUUAUAAACUCCACUCUAAUAUUUUUAAAAGUCAGUUUUAAUAUGGCAUAGCCACGCAGGGCCAGUCUAACUUUUAGAAAAAACUUAUAAUGCCUUACUCAAAAAUACAAAUUUAUAUCCUCAUUCUUCAUAUAAUUUUUUAUAAUGCCCUAUAUACAAGUAUAGAAUCGUCACUAUAGUUAACUGGUUAACAAAAACAAAUUGAACCAACCAUACAAAAGGUAAAUCAAAGCAAAUAGUUAAUGUUUGUGUACUCUUCGAAGCCCAAACAAUGUUUACAUAGUUCUAUUUUUGGUAUACCGUUCCUAUAUAGUAAGAAAAACUUUGAUAUUACAAUUUUGUUUUCAAAGACAAACGGGAUACAACUUUUUGUGGUUUGAUUCAAAGGCUAAGUCAUUUCAUGCCCUAUGCAAUGUCACUAGAGGCCACGCCUCUGCACCUUUUCAGUUCCUCUUUUCCACCAAAAUCUGACUAUUUCUCUCUGUUCAUGUAUGUAUGCCCUCUUGAUGUAGUACCCUUCUUAUUGACCAUGCACUGAUAUAAUGUUGUAAUCUAAGUGAUUCUUUGAGCAAAACAAAAAUCUUAGUAAGGGUUAUGGUUGAGCAUAGCAUGAUGAAAUGUAUAUUUGGCAAGAACGGAAAUAUUCAAACUUAAAUGAGGUGGAAAAGACUUUAUGAUCCUAAUACCUAGACGAAUGUAAUUUGGGGGCUUUAGUUGUAUAUUAUUGUAAUUACAUUUGCAUGUACGUACUGUAUAUUUUCUUAAGAAAUCCACAGUUUACAGCGUUUUAAACAAAUUUUUUUUAACAUUGACUCUCUCCCACAUCAGGAGAAUCAUAUCGGCAAAUCCAAGUCAACGAAACAUUUUCGAUCUAUUUUGUAUCCUCUUUCAUAUCUUGAUUCUUGAUGAUGCUUUCUUUUUCUUGAAAAAUAUUUGUUGUUUUAACUAUGAGUUGAGUUCUGGGCCGGUUCAAAAAAUGGUGGGGCCUUGUGCUAUUUUUUUUCUUCUAAUUUAGUGAAUUUGAAGUUGAAAGUUCAAUCCAUGUAAAAACUAAAAAAAUAAAAUCUUAUUGAGUGAAUAAAUAUUCACUAAAACUGUAAUAACAAAAAUUUUAGAGCUUUAAAAAGUAAAGAAAUUUUGACUACAAAUAUGGAGCACUGUGCUGUUGCACUCUGUGCACUCCCUUAGAGCCGGUACUCGUUGAGUUAGGAGCCUUGAGUUACCGUAUUUAUAUCGGUAGGGUUGUAUUUAAUUAUUAUAUAUGACAUAUCAUGUUGGUUUUGAUGGAUUUAUAAAUCGUAAAAAAUACUAUAGUUAAUGAUUGUUUUAUUAACAAAGAAAAACACAAUGUUGUCGAUAAUUGUUACUACGACGCUGCAAUAUCAACAGAAUAUAUUUUUGAGUAGAUUGGGAUCAACUAAAUUUCCUAUUCCUAUUUAUUAGAAAAAAAUACUAACAUAAAAUUGUUGGGGAGCACAUGGUUCUUAACAGAAUUUCAUUUCGAUGAGAAACAAUAUUGUCGUUCAAAGCAUCACAAGGUCUGUAUUUUUUUCUGUAUGAUCUGGGGAAGUGAGCUUUUAACGGAAAACAUCAUCAUUUUCGGUGCAUGCCGAUUUCCCCUCAGCAUUUAUUUAUUUAUUUUUAAUCACUGACUUAAAUAUUCGUAGUUUAUCGCUUAUGAAUCAUUAACUACUAUUCUUGGGAUUAUUAAAACACUUCAUAUCUAAAUAAUUGAAAUUUGACAGGUCUAGUGUCAUCAUGACUCGCACUCCACUCGUCUCGUUUUAUGGUUUUACUGAAAAUCCCAGCUUUUAUCUAAACCCUAGAAGGCCAAAAAAAUUAAAAAUAUACCUUUUCUAUUUUAUAAUGUAUGAUGUUUUAGGAAGUUUUUAAUGUUUAAAUAUGUAAAAUAUUUUUAUUUUUCUAAGUAAUUUUAAGUUUUAAAAAAACUGUAUAGGCAAUACAAUAUUUUGUAUUAUAUUUUUUAAUUAUUGAAUAGUUUUUAAUUUCUAUUUUAAUAAAACGAAAAGUAUUUUUGUAAUAGUUGUGCAUAAGUUUAAAACAUCAUAUAUCUUUGAACAAAUAUAGUUAUUAAAAGUGCAACUUCUUUAUCUAUUUAAAUUGUAAAGACCACACACAUUAGCAAAACAAAACAAAAAUUACGUAAUAAGUAUAUAAUUUGACUCGGUCUAAGUCGUUAUAUAUUUUUCUAGUUAUAAUAUAUGUCCAAUAUGUCCAUGCCACCUUUUAUAUAUUCGUAAGGUACAAUAGUGAUUGAUAUUUUUUUAGAUAUAUAAGAUGAAUUACUUCAUAAUAUUUUGAUUGUGAAUUUCCAAGCUGUUUCUAUAACAUGUGGAGUAGUUGUGCCUAAAAAGUAAUUGUUUUAUCAUAGAUUUACAAAUGUUAAACUUUAAAAUACAAAUUAUUUAUUGUCUUGGUAAACAUGUAAUUUGAUAUUUUAUUUAUAUUUAUCAUAAUUUUAUUUUGCUUAAUUUGUGAUUUGUUUUAUCUGUAUAAAAGAAGAUAGUGUUGUAAAUUAGCAUGAGUAGGGAUUUUUAAAAUCCUGCCAUAUAUGGUUUUCCAUCUGCUGAACCAUGUACGAUGUAUAAGACAAACUUUGGGGUAAUAAUAAAUUUUAUUUAUUUUGAGACAGCUAAUAAUAUUUAAGAAAAUUGAAGUUAUAAAAUGGUGUCGAGCAUGUAUAUGCAUGAGUAAACGUAUGUAAUCUGUUGUAUAUACGUGAUAUAAGCUGUAUUUUGUGUCUCGCAUGAUACGUGUUAGAUAAAACGAUAUAUAUUAGUUGUAAUGAUAAGAUACAUUGAAGAAUAUACCACUAUAGUUCUUCUCCUGAAGUAUUAAUAUCUUAUGUGCGUUGAAUUUAGAAUAGAAGACUUUUGUUGGCUUGAUGACGCAGGUAAUAAGCUGAUUUUAUUUGAUUUAAUUAUGUUAUUGUGGAUUGAUCCUCCAUGGAGCUAGAUUGGUUCAAUAUUACAGCUUUCUAUAUAUGUAUUUUGAAAACAUAUGAAAGUAGGCGUACAAUGGUUUUUUCGUGGCCUUCCGACAAAAAAUGAAACGAUAGAAGUAGUGGCUUGUUUAAUAUAUAUAUAAAUUUUUUUUUUUUUACAUAAAUAGUAACUGAUGAUUCAUCUUGUGAAUCGAAGAUUGUUCAAAUCACUGUAUUACAAUGUUUAUUCAUGCUUUGUCCACACUUUAUGGUUUUAGAUGAUAGAAAUCUUUUGUGAUAAAAAAAAAAGAUGAUAGAAAUCUUUGAAUUCUGAUAAUUAUCUUCCAUUUUUUUUCUUAAAAGGGUAGUAUAUGUGGUGAAGAAAAAGAAAAAAGGACAAGAAACUACGUGUGUGUAUAAUAAUAAUGACACCAAAAUAUAUGUACUUAGAUUGACCGCAUAAGAAGCUUUUUCGUAUACCUAGUGGCCAUUACUAUGUGUAAUUGCAAUAUUGAUCCCUCGCUCGUUCUCUCUGCGUGCAACAAUUUAAUUUCCACAAGAUAUAUUCUCUUCCUCCUCAAGUCCUCUCUUAUCAUUAAGACACAUACUCUCUCUCUCUCCCUCUAGCUCCAUGUCUUUUACGGUCUCUGACCAUUCCUCGAGUUCUCGAUCUGUAGUCUCCAUCUAGGAACCCUAAUUUAUUAUUCUCUCCUCCGUUUCCCUUCAUGUUGAGAUCAUCAGAAACUCUUUGUCUCACUCCUCUCCUGCUUUCUUUGGCUAUUCCGGUCACCGGAUUCUGCCAUGGUUCCUGAUACUAAGUUCUCCUCCUCCACAACAGUUCUUGUUCCAUGUGGGUUUUCCAAUAGUUUCGCUUUUAUGAGGUUAUUACAAAAAGCUCAUUAUUUCUCUGCCGUCUCUGAAGACGACAACAACAACAAAGAUUACCAAGUAAAAGAUAACCAUCACCAGUUUUGUAGGAGAGACUGUAGUUUCAUGGCCGAUCAAGAAGAGCCUAGGAGUAUUACUUCUACGCUAAUCUACAAGGACGAUGACGACAACAACAACAAUAGCAAUAACAAUUAUAAUAAUGCCAACGAUGACGCCGAAAAUCAUGAGAUGAGGCAAGAAGGGUGGCUCCGGUUAAGCAUAGGCCACGAGAAUGAUGUUAAACCGGAUAUUGACCAUCAGCAACAACAUCAAACCGAUACAGCUGCUAGGAGGGACUCUUUCCUAGAGCUUAACCUUUCCUCUGGGGGUUCAAAUAGAGAAGAAGAAGUUGGUCUUCCAUUGUCAUCUCUCUUUCAUCAUCAGCAUCAACGAGGAGGGAUGAUGAUCAAUCAAUUGAUGUUCCCUACCAGGCCUGAUCAGGAGAUGAUUGGUUCUUGGGCGGCUGCUGCCUUUCGAAUGCCACAAAACCUAAUGCAACCAACACCAUCAUCUGCUUCUUUGAUAAUGCCACUGAUAGGACCGUACUUUGGUCGCACCAAUUUCCAGCAACAGUUACUAGGGGACAAUAAUAAUAAUAAUAAUUAUCAGGAUGUGGUGGCUGGUCCAAGCUCGAGUUUUCGAGUCAUUGAUCCACCUAGACGACCCCAUUCCGGUAUUUGGUUCCUCCUUCAAGCUUCUCAAAACCAGACAAGAGAACCAUUCUUGCCUCAGAUACCCAAGAGCUACUUGAGAAUCAAGGACGGGAAGAUGACUGUUCGACUAUUGAUGAAAUAUUUGGUGAAUAAGUUGCGAUUGGAGCACGAAUCCCAGCAGGUAGAGAUAAGAUGCAGAGAGCAGGAACUGGAGCCGGUGUUGACACUACAACACGUGAGAGACGCAAUCUGGAGAGGGAGCAGAAACCAUUCUCCUAUUUCACAGAACUUUACUUUGCUUCCAAAUUCAUCUACCUCUGAUCAUCUCAUGGUCCUCCAUUAUGGUAGGAGUACUCUUUCCUAAUUACAUAUAUAUAUUUCUUCUUUAUUUUAUUUAUCUAUAUAACCCCAUAUUAUCAUUCAAAAAAAAAUGCCCAACUUACUUCUUAACUCAAAAGUCCAUCUUCUUCAGUUGAUUUCCCUAAUUCUUAUUUACUUCUUCAAUUUGUGAUUUUUUUAAAAAUAAAAUGUUAAAUUUGAUUCAAAAGAAAAUAUAACUUUUUACAGCACUUGCUACUUUGUUUUUACCUUUUCUUUCAAAAGAGAUGAGGAAAAGAAAUUUGUGAUUUUCACUUUCCCUAAAGGCUUUUUAGGUUCAGUUUGUUUAAUAUCGAUCAAGAACAAAAAGAGUAUCUAACUCGUUAGCAGUAUGCAUGCCCCAAUUGAUGAUUUUACUGUUGUAUCUUCUGGGGUUGUGAGUGACAUUAACGCAUGAAAAUGUAUUUAGUAUUUAUGUUCAUUGUUUUUCAUACUAUUACUGUUUACGCACUAUUGCUAGUGAAUUCCUUUUGACAUACAUGUUGCUGCCCAUGUUCUAAAAAAUUGACCGUUUGAAAAAGAGAAAAUGGGCCUGAAUCGGCAUAUCCCAGUGCCAAUUCAAUAUCAAACUAGCCAUUUCUAAACUCCAGGCCUCCUGAGAAAGGUUUGUUAACUCUUAGUAUCCACUAACCAAAACUCUAAAUAGACUAAUAUCCAUUUUUUUUUCAAGCAGCAAGAAUAAUAAAAGAUCAGGAGAGACCAACCUCACAUAGUUUGAUGACAUCUUACUCAAAAGUCAAAACAAAGAAAUGUUC